UCGACGGACAUGGCCGACGAGAUGUUGGCCCUCUGGCGUGCGCACCCCCAGAACGACACAGACGCCUCCUUGACAGUGGCCGUCGUGGCGACCAAGGAGGGUUCCUGGCAGCCAGACGGGGCCACGGGCAUUUUGGCGCACCUCGCUCUCGUGAAGCUGGACAAGCAGGAUGUCAAAGAGGUCCCGAAGCGGCAGGACACCGUCACGGUCUGGCUCACCGUCUUUGCCGAUUUCCUGUCGGACAAGCUGUCGCUGUUCUCCGCGAGCCAGGCCCUCAAGGCGGUGUGGCCCGCAGCAGGCAAGGGCAUGCUGUUUGGUUGUUGGCGUCCCAUUGGCACGAAGGGCAAGGAUCCCGACUCGUACACCAUGUACGUCACUGGCACGCCGGCCCAAUGCAGCGGUCUGUUCAAGAUCCGCGGCAAGCACGGCGUUUUCGUCCAGUACUUGGCGUCCUUUCGUGACCGACGCGAUCGGACGACUGUGGCGUGGGUCGCCCGGCCUGCCGGGCUCACGCCGCUCGAGUACCGCGACCUGGCCUUCCAGGAGGGUAAUGGCAAACCACUCGUGCACAGAAUGGGGCGUGGCCCUGAUCUGGGCUACGAGCGCGACGGCAGUGACGCACGACAGUGUCCUCCGCACAUCGGGCGAGCUACCACGCCGCGGUGGUGGCGCACGACCGAUCUCGAGUCCUUCCUGGGGGCCAACGACUGGCAGCAGGUGCAGGUCCUCACGCACCUCAGCCCCGGCUCCUGGCACGUCCGCGCGGGCGCCCGGCCGCUGGCAACGACCACGUACAGAUACGAGGCAGGUUUCGACGACGACAUGGGCCACGUCACCGUCCUUCCCCUGCCGCGCAAGGUGAAGUCCACCAGCGAAGGACGUACUCUCAGACGGCCGGACUUCCCGUGGCUGGACACGGAGGUCCCGGCAACCCCGCCGCAAGGCGAUGCCCCCGCCCCGCCCGUGGGUGCAGCGGCUGCGGCGAGCGAUCCCCCUGGCGAGGGUGAUGCGCCCAUGCCCGCGGCAGCGCCAGCGGCGCCUCCUGCUACGGGCAAAGGCGCUGACCAACACAAGAGGCUAGGAACCCAGAAGACGGACGGGACUAAGAGGUUCAAGCUGGACGGCAAGCAGAUCGUGCGGGACGCGAACUGCCUCUUGGACGGCAUGGAGAUUGUGGAGGCCGAGGGCCGUGGCGCGUGCGGCUACUGUUCCAUGGUCGCCGCCGGGGAGCUCACCCGCGACGCCUCCUUCAGCACUGCUGCCGUCGGCGCCAUGGAGAAGAUCUGGGUCGACGCGGGCACGCUGGGGGUCCAGACCGCCCAGCUCUUGACGAAGAACUCAGACGUUUGGAAGCCCUACUGGGCCCAGGACCCCAAGCAUAUUUCACACACAGGCCAUACAUUCGACGAGUGCGUCGCGAAGUGCUCGGCCCCAGACUUCUGGAUGGACGAGUUGCAGCUCAACGCAGCGUCCGCCAAGCUCAAGCGCCAGAUUACCGUGGUCUAUCGCGACGGCAAGCAGGGCUGGGCCAGGCGCGCACUGGGCCACCAGCACAAGAGCAAAGGGCUCCGCCGCGACGCGGACGAGACGGAGGUCCAGCAGACCUUCUUCUUCGGCGCCGCCGCCGGGCCGCUGUGCUCGGACAGUGGCCGCCUCCGCGGCCAUCAGGAGUUCGAGACCUACAUUUCCUCGUUCUUGCGCACGUACCUUGCGAGGGAGCUUGCGGACGACGUCGAGUGGCUGCUCGAGCAGACGGUGGGUGCCCGCAGGCGCUGGGCUUCCCAACACCAGCAGACCAUGCCCGCCACAGUCGAGGCCCAGCGCGUGAUGCUGAACAGGGAUACGGAGGGCCUCCGGAGGAAGUACUAUAACCCCGGCGACCUCUACGCCUGCCCGUGCGGGUGGCGGGCCAAGAGCACUCCGGCCGCAGCCCGUGCCAACGCGCGGCAGGCCGAGCGGCUUUGGCAUUCCUGCCAGCCCGGCACUCGGUGGGAAGCCUUGGAUGAUGCUUUCCAUCAGGCUUCUUUGGCUCCAAUGCGUGAUCCUGCCAUCCAGGGCCGCAAGGUACCUAAGGCAUGGGGGCGUCGCCAGACGCUGCGUGCCUGCGUGCCGGCGUCGAUCGCGCGGUGCGCCCACGACCUCGACGGCGCUACGGCGCAGAAGCUCCGCCGGGCCAAGGGGGGCAAGUCUACCUUCUACACGUGCCGCCGGUGUGGUGGCUCGUGCGUGCUUGCCUCCGCGUGGAAGUUCCCAUGCCCAGCCAUUCCCCUUGCUGACCGCCCCACUUGCGUCGACUUCGAACUGCAGUGCCGGGGCGCUGGGUCAGCGAGGUCAUCGAAAGCCAUGGCCGUGGGCACGGCCAAGGACAGCAGGCCAUGCAGCGCUAAGAGAGCGCCCAAGGAACCUUUCGGCAGCGGUUCCUUCAAGCGCCGGCUCGCGGUCAAGCGGGAGCAGCCCUCGAAGAAGCGGCGGCGGCCGCAGCAGUUCCCGACUGGCAUGGUCAUCUGGGGCUGCAGCGUGAAUGGCUUCAAGGACAGGAAGCCCGUCGGCGACUCGGCUGCAACGAGCAAGUGGGCACGCGUCCAGGGCCAGGCCUUGGCUGCAGGCGCGCGCAUCAUUGGCCUCGUGGAGACCCACAUGGACAGCUUCACAGCAGACCGCUUCGGCGCACAAGCGUCCAUAGCUGGCUUCUCAUGGUAUUUGUGUUCUUCGGGUACAGUGAGGCACCUCGUCGUCAACACCUUCGGCGCCGACACGGCCACUAGUGACCACAAGGCCAUCGUUUUCAGCGCGCAGCGCGAAACGGAGGCUCUCGUUCAGACAAUUCAGCGUUUCGUUGCUCUGGAGCCCCCGGCCAACCUGGAGGAGUGGGACAGCGACUGGAAGGACUAG